AUGCAGUCCGUCCCGGAACCACGACAACAGUCGUUCGAGGAGAUCUAUGGACCCCCGGAGAACUUCCUUGAGAUCGAAGUCCGCAACCCCCAAACCCAUGGCACUUCCCGGAACAUGUACACGUCGUACGAGAUCGUGUGUAGAACCAACAUCCCCGCCUUCAAAUUGAAACAUUCCGUCGUGCGCCGCCGGUACUCUGAUUUCGAGUACUUCCGCGAUAUCCUAGAGCGCGAAAGCACGCGCGUCACAAUACCCCCACUGCCGGGCAAGGUAUUCACCAACCGUUUCAGUGACGAUGUCAUCGAGCACCGCCGUGAGGGCCUCCAACGAUUCCUCCAGAUCGUCGCCGGACACCCCCUCCUCCAGACCGGGAGUAAAGUUCUGGCAAGCUACAUACAGGAUCCGAACUGGGACCGCAACGCGUGGUAG